UGCGCUGAUGGCAACAGAUAAGUAAAAAGUGAGCUCCUCGGACGCACGACAACACACCAACUGAAGUGGAAAGCGGCUCCUGUUCUGCUCCUUAUCCUAUUUCGGACGCCGCGUACAGGGCGGUGUGGCUUCAGACUGCUGCAGGACUUUAUCAGAGAGAAGAAGUCUGCUAAGAAGACAGCCUCGCCUCCUACUUGUGCGUAAAGUUUCGUUUCAGUCAGCCUUUUCUUAUUUUUAUUUUCUUUAAUGCCUCUGAUUUAGUAUCGUGGUUGUAGUGUUUAUAGUUCAAAAAAUUGGAAAUCAACAGUUUUGUUUGCAAUCUCGAAGAUUAAAUUGAAUCUAAUGACGGCAGAGGUCCAGCAGCCCCCCGCGCAGCCUGCCCAGAGCAGCCCGAUGUCUGCUCCGGAAAAGCCGCACGGACAGACUGCGGUAAUGGAAACCGCCUCCUCCACUACGAAAACUAAAAAGACAAACGCGGGGAUCCGCAGACCAGAGAAACCUCCGUAUUCAUACAUCGCUUUAAUAGUUAUGGCUAUCCAGAGCUCUCCAACCAAGCGCCUGACGCUCAGUGAAAUCUACCAGUUCCUCCAGAGCCGCUUCCCGUUUUUCAGGGGCUCAUACCAGGGAUGGAAGAACUCCGUGCGUCACAACUUGUCCCUCAACGAGUGCUUCAUUAAGCUGCCUAAGGGCCUCGGCCGGCCAGGAAAGGGCCACUACUGGACUAUCGACCCGGCUAGUGAGUUCAUGUUCGAGGAGGGCUCUUUCAGAAGGAGGCCCCGGGGUUUCAGGCGCAAGUGUCAGGCGCUAAAACCUAUGUACAGCAUGAUGAACGGCCUGGGAUUCAACCACAUUCCCGAGUCCUAUAACUUCCAGGGGAGCGGCGGGGGUCUGUCCUGUCCUCCCAACAGCCUGUCUCUGGACAGUGGGAUCGGGAUGAUGAACGGACACUUGGCUGGUAAUAUGGACGGGAUGGGUCUGUCCGGACACACCAUGUCUCACUUAUCGACCAACGGAGGACAUUCCUACAUGGGAAGUUGUACAGGCUCCACAGGGAGUGAUUAUCCCCACCACGACAAUUCUGGCUCCCCUCUGCUCACCAGCGGAGGGGUCAUGGAGCCUCAUUCCGUCUACUCGAGCUCUGCCUCUGCAUGGGCUCCCGCGCCUUCGGCCUCGCUAAAUAACGGGGCCUCCUAUAUAAAACAGCAGCCUCUGUCUCCUUGUAAUCCAGGGGCCAACCCGCUGCAGCCGAGUCUGCCUACACAUUCACUGGAGCAACCUUACCUGCACCAGAACGGGCACAGCACCACAGAUUUACAAGGUAUUCCUCGGUACCAUUCCCAGUCCCCCAGCAUGUGUGACCGGAAGGAGUUCGUCUUCUCGUUUAAUGCCAUGACAUCCUCAGCGAUGCACACACCGAGCAGCAGCUCUUACUACCACCACCAGCAGGUCUCCUACCAGGACAUCAAGCCCUGCGUCAUGUGAUGCCUUAACGGACACUCAGCAGAACGGCGGACGGUGCCACGGACUCGAAGCAGAGCAAAACUGAGAUGAGAAAAACCCUGAAGUAAAAAAACCACUGAGACAAAGAAAGUAUAGCCUCGGCGCUGCAUGGAGAGAGCUCACUGUACUACUUUUACGUACUGUUUCACACAGCGACAGUAACGCGGAGGCAGGUCAACCAUGAGUCAAAUCAAUAAUAAUAAUAUAAAAUAAUAAAACAUUUUCAUGGUAUCAGCAUCGAGCAGCGGGAUACAGACUGGGUGCAUAAAUUCCUGCUGUUGUAUGGUACGAAGUCCUGCAGAGCGGAUCACUACCACUUCACACUUUGUUUAUUCCUCGUGUUAAAGUAGGCCCCUGUAAAAAUGUCCACGUCAAUUUUCAACAUCUGAACUUGAACUUUUUUCCUUUGACAAUUAGACUGAGGCCCAUGUUUUCCUUUUUGGACUUUCAUACCAGCGUUGAAUUUUGAACUUUCUUUUGGACAUUGCAUAUUUAUGUCCAUAUUUACUGUGUACAAACGAUGAAGGCACUUUUUGAAAGCCUAAAAGCGCAACUUUUAUUUAUUCAGUAGGGCUUUAUAUUUUAAUUUUCAGGCGAAUUGGCCAAGGUUUUUGCUUUAUUGGCAAUAUUUGUCAGAGCGCUUUUUAUUUGUUUUUAAAUGAGAAUUGAGGAUAUAUUGUUAGCACUGUUAUGUCAUUUGUGUUACAUCUAUGUAGACCAGUACUUUCAGCACUGUAAACUUGUAUAUUGUCAGGAAAAUUAGCAAGGCUCCAUCAAUGAGGGCUAAUGUUGAGGCUUUAAUACAAAUUAUUUGUUAAAAAAAAAUGAAUAAAAAUUUAUCUGUUGGGCUUUUUCUGCCUAAACCCACAAAAAAUAUUAGUCGAUUUCAUUACACAACCAUGAAUGAAUUUGUGGAACAUUGCAUCUCUAGAAAUAAUAAAACAAAGAGCAUGGCCUAGACCUGCGCUUUUUGUAGAAGUGACUAGACACACAUUUAAUGGGAACUUUACAAGUAAAGAUUGGUUGCAAAUAAAUAUUCCAGUAAAAAUGUAAAUCUAUGUAGAUUUAAAACUGGUGAUGAUUUCUUUAUUCGAUCAGUAAGAAUGAAAAAUGACUUGAGGGGUUAAGAACAAUCUGUUCCUUCAUACAUUGUAUUAUUUAAAAGGACAGACCAGGAUUCUCACAUACGUUUAAGUUGUCAAAGAAUCUAAUUAAAAAGGGAGAUUAAUCUAAAUUCAUGUGGAUUUAGUUCAAUUAAUCUUUGGUGUCACAACAUGCAGAUAAUGUCCCCGCUACAGAGCGACAAUAGGGCCACAGAAACAUGUUCAAGGAAUAUCACAGUGGUGUUUUGGAGUUCAUGACUGAGGUCAGAGUUUGUUUUUAGCUGAAAGGCAGUUCAUGCCACUCAUUUUAACUGGCAAUAAAUGGAUGGCAUUUUAUCUUCCACAAAACAAUGCUUAAUUGAUGAUAUAUUUCCAAUAAAAGGUUUUAAAAGUCAAUCAUAUUAUUGCAUCUAUACAGCAAGAAUGUGUGUUCGAAGGAAUGAGGGCGUAACAAAUCAGAGGCAAGGAUCUCAUCAUGUUUGGUUUAAGGUUAACACCACGCAGCACUUCUUUUGCUCUGAUGCAUUCACAGUUGUUUCAUUUAAAAGUUUUUAUGCCCAACGAUCUGUCGGCUGAAUAGGUUGGGGAUGAAUAAGAAACAAAUGUUGACAGAAUAGGCUUUAGGAAUAUAAACAUCCUACAGUGACCAAUGGGUGUCAAGUAAAUAAAAGUCUCUUAAACCUACAUAGCAUUACUGCAGAACUCCUAGUUUUAUUAGAAAAGGCACAUUAGACUAGUUUCUAACUUUGUCUUUGUUGUAGUCAAUAACUAUUUUAACUAGGGGUCUUACUAAGACUUUUUCUAAAUGUACCUCUCUUUCAGGGAGAUUUGUGGUUUUGAAAGUGACUCACAGCGCUCUAAAUGUACAAAAACACAAUGGGCUGCACUUUACUAUUUCCUACAUUUAAUUAUUCAAAAAACGAUGCAAACUUAAAUCUGUAUGCAAUGUCGUAUUCAAGCUGUUUAAAUCCUUGUGUAGCUGUAAAAUCUCACAUGACCACUGAUUGAACUCGGUAAAAUCGGUGUGCCGUCGAGUAGUUAGCAGGCUGGACAGCAGUGGAAUAGCACACUAACAAACUGAUGACACUAGACGAGGUUUAGUGCUCUGGAGGGGCUCAGGGAGAAAGAGAUAGGGCUCCACAGCUGUUCCACUCACCAGGCCUGGAUGACAGGUCCAUAAAAAGCUCUUUGCAGACAGACACGCUGUGUGCAUGUGAGCCAAAAGGACAGUUGUAUGGUGAUAGGAAUGAGAAGGUAACAGGGGUGGAGUGGCUUGUAUGGUUUGUAUGUGUAUUGGACUCUUGGUACUGCAGCUUCAGUUAAUCUCCUGUGCAGCCACUGUUGCUGCAGGUAUUUUCAAAUCAAGGCAGCCAUUAGUUUUCAGCAUAAAUAAAGUUUGUAACAAAAGAAGAACAUUAGGGUUUGCCUAAAUUGCUGAUGUAACAGUUAGAAAGCUGACCUAUUAAUGACUUAUAUAUACGCGUGUAUGUUUGAUCAGUGGUUUGACACUUAUGCUCAAAUAAAGAUACUGCUCAGUUUGAAAAAAGAAAGACAAUAAGCAAGUCA